AAUAUACUGACCAUACUACCAAUUUAAACGUUUUUAAUAGUUCGAAUACUUGUAAUUUCUUAAUAGUUUAAAAAAUGAAACUUAAAGUGCUAACCUUGAUAUUAUUCACUAUAAAUAUUUUUCUUGGAUUUAGCAUUGUUGAUUGUUUCAUAAAGCAAAAAGAGUAUGAAAUAUAUUUCGAAUCAGUAACGAAUUACAUAGGUAUUCAGCUAACACAGAUAAAUCAGGGACAUGUGUCAGUAAGAAUAGAUAAGGAUAAAAUUAUAAGCAUAGAAGAAAUAUUAAAAAAUAAACCAAAAAAUUAUAAUGAUAUAAUAUUUAAGUAUAACAUUAUAGUUGAUUUAAUCAACUAUUUAUUUGCUAAAGACCUACAAAAUUUUACUGAACACUUGAAAAUCAUUAUAGAAUGUUGUGACAUUUUUUUUAAAAAAAAUUCCUAUGAGAAUGCAACUUAUUGCACAGUAUUACUUUUAAAUGCAGCUAAAAAUUCAAAUUUGAUGUUUACAUAUUUAUACAAAGCUAUUCUAUUUAUUGAUAACUUGGAUAUAAAAUUACUGUUAAAAAAUUCAAUUCAUCCAAAACUGGUAGUAGAAGAAAUUUAUACUGUUAAAAACUAUACGUUUUUAAUGAAAACGCCAGAAUUGGUAAAUUAUAUAAAGAAUGCCGGAAGUAUUAAAAUGGAAGAGCUUUUAGAAGACUAUAAUGAAAUAAAUAAUUUCGUUGAUAAAAUUGUUUCAUUAACAGAUGAAAUUUUUAAAAAUAAAGUUACUUAUGUAGAGAGUACAAUGGAAUGUAAUUUACGAGAAAAGUACUAUAGUGAAUACAUAAAUAAUAAGUAUGAAAUUAAUUUUGUCGAUUUUGUCAGAGAAAAGUUAAAGCAUUAUUGUUCAGAAACCAUUUAUAAAUAUUAUUCAAAAAUCGGAUUCAAUGAGUUACUUCAUCCCAAUAUAGCUGGGCUUAAGCCCCCUCAAAACUACGGCUUUAAACAAAAUGAAGCAAUUGAAAUACUAAAUACUUUGUUCCGUGAAGGAGAUUGGAGGCUAUUAAAUCAUAUAAGAAUAAUAAUUGGUAAUGAAAUUAUAACUACUAAUCAAAUUAUUCGAGACAAUGUAGACGAUUUUAAUUUUAAUAAAAAAAGACAAUACUUUACACAGCUGAUAAAGUGCAGAUAUACUGAAGUAUUAAAAAACUAUAAUACACAUAUAACUGCUGUAAUUCAAACAUGCAGAAAUGAAAAGACUGGUGGUAAUUUAAAAGCCUUUGUAGAUUGUACUAUUAAAUUUUUUGAAAUAGUUAAUGAUUCAAAAGACUUGUUAAAAAUUAUGUUGCUAGCUUUAAAUAAAUUAGAAGAUUCAAAUAUUUGGGAAGUGUUUUAUACUCCAUAUUCAUGUUUAACGCAAACCUAUAAUAUAUUACGUAAGUUUUCCUCCGAAAUUGAACGUCUUAAUUUUAGGAAAACUGAUUUUAUUAAUCUAUCUAUCAAUGAACUAGAAAUGAAAGUAUCUAAAUUCUUAUUUGAUUUUCAAAAUGCUCGAAUAAAUUUUACUCGAAGACUUAUGGACGAACGUAAUACUGUUCAUAAUUGUUGCUUGAUUGAAGGUGAACUUUUAAAUAAAAAUCAAUUAAUAGAUUCAUGGAAGAUUAUUGUUUCGUUAAAUAAUAAUAAAAACACACUUGAACGUCCAGUACGUUUGUAUGAAUACGCUUUGGAACGCUUUAUCGCGUUUUUUAAUGCUGCUAUUACAAGUGAAUACGACAGUUUAGGUUUCAAUAAAAUAACUAUUAGCAAUUAACAAAAAUUUUGUAAUUUUCUUUUAUUUUAUAAAAAUUAACUUUAUUAAACUUUUAAUCGCUUUUUUUUAAUAUUAUUAUUACAAAAUACCUGUAGUAAUAUUUAAUUUAUAUUUGUAAUAAUUAUCAGGACUACGACUUUUGGAUAAAUAAAUUGUUAAUGAA